UGUGGUCUCUGCCUCACCCAAGAGCGCGUCGACGCAUUGUUUCCGUGGAUCCAAGUGAGAAAAAAAAAGGUCCAUUGUUGUUGCGAAGUUUUUAAUCUGGGGAUUUUUAAAGUCCAUCACAUGCUCAGACUGAGCAGCGGGACGCUGUACCACAACAGGCAAACUACUGCAAAAAUCCAUGUUGGAGAGGAAACUAUUCAUCCCGAACGGACCGAGGGAGACAUUGAAUUCACGCUGCAUACAUGCCAGUGUACCUUUUGGGGGGGGGACUUUAGGAUUGACGGAAAAACUUUGUAGGAGAAACGUGACCGCCUGAGAAGAUGACGCUCAAGUACAGCCAGCGGUCGCUAAUAGUUCUGUCUUUACUGGGGGUGUUAUCGGCUGUCAUGUCUGUUUUAUCGGUUAUUUUGAUUUUCCAGCUUCAGUCGCAACAGACGGCAGUGAAGGAGUCUCCCCCUUCCACGUCCUCGCUCAUACCCGCUUACAUCUGGGCCGUCCUGCUGCCCGUCUCCACGGUGCUCUCCGCUCUCUCUCUCACCCUGCAUUUGAGCUCUGUGGUGGUGUGUCUUCUCCACAGCUACUUUUCAACAGAGGUCUGCAGAGGAGAGCAGGACACUGAAAGAGCAGACUGGUUCCUUUUGGAUAGCAGAGCUGUACGACACGUGGCUAUCGGACUGUUUUGCCUGGGGGUUACUGUCUACUUGGCAGCUAUGUCCAUCUUUAUGCUCCUCAUAUUUGAGGUGGAGACAGGCAUUGCAAGUGCUUGCGUACUCGCCUCUGGGAUCUUAAUCCUACUGGUCGUUGUGAUCCACUCGCUGGUCAAAGCUUCUUGUAGUGCCAAGCACUAUCACAGCGACCGCCGUGACACCCUCUUCCAGAAUGACCACGGAAGCAGCAGCGUGCCUGUCUCCCGCCACUGCGAGCUGAAAAUUGGCGUGGACAAACCGCGGAUGCAGCGCAGCCAGUCUCACCUCCAGCAUCACAUCCCAUACCCUCAGAGUGGCAACCCGAGGCAGCAACAGUACCAGCAACAGCAGUACUCCCCCGCUGAAGGUUCCCAGGGCCACACUGGGGAAAAAGACGGCUACAGCAGUGCUGGCAGUGGUCCCCGAAUGCACAGGACCCUGUCUACUGAAUCUGGCUUACUGCAGGCGCAGGCUAAACCCUGGAAUGGGGUCAACAACGAGAUGAAGAGUGUGCUUGCACGCAAGUCAGGGAUUUCCGCAAAAGACUCUACUCUUGUGUGACAUAAGGGAAGCUGAGCUUGUCGUUAAAGAAACUGAUGACCUUCUAAGCAUCACUAGAGGACUGCUAACACAAGUGUCAUCUCAGACCGAUGUCAAACUGUCAGUUUGUACCUUUUCACAUACACAAAAAUGGGACAGAGCUUGAAAGGCAUACUCAAGUUUUCCCCAUUAUUAACUGAUUUCUCCUGUUCAGAUUAUAAAGCAUUUUGAACUUGAUGAAAACCAUAUUGAGCACAAACGUCUGUAUGAUUUGUAGUGUUUUUGUAUGAAUGAGUUUGAUUUAAAUCUCUCCAGUGUUGCCCAGGUAGCAACCUGGCAAAUGUAUAGCUUUCAUUGUAAUAAUGUCAAUACUUUAUUCCGCUGUAUAUAGUGGCUUUUUGCCAAAUAUUUGUCCACAGCGUGCAGAUGUGUUUUGUUAUGUGUUGUUCAAAAUGAUUUCAUAUCAAGCAUAAAUUAAUUCGUUUUCAGAAAAUAUAAUUCAGUUUAAAAGUAGGAUGUGUUUUGACACCUGAAAAGGAGAUUACAAUGAUGUUCACAAACACCUGUUAACUUUAAAUGUCAUUUCUGUCAUUUUCUUUCACCUUUCUGAAAAAGAAGGAAAUAAUACAGGCCUGAAUGUGAUUAUGUCAUGUCUGGAGGUAAUACUAACCUUGGACACCUCAGUCCAGAGGUAAUGAGGAUGUGGAAGGGGCAUGUGGAGCAGAGACAAGGGGACUGGGUGAGGGGGUCACAUCAUGUAAGCUUCAUGCAGGUGCAAAGGAAAAACAGGGCAAAUAAAACACACAAAAUGUGAAGCUCCCAUUAACUACAAAAGAGUUCAGAACAGGCCUGAUAAAUAUUUUGCAGUUAUUGGGAGUAAUAAAACUGAACUGAAAAAAAAAACACAUAUUAGCUGAUGUCCCAAAAUAUUACCUAAUAUACAAUUAAUAAUAAAUGAUGGGAUUAAAGAAAAAAUAAAAACAACGGACAAAGAUAUGAUAUUUUGCUAAGAAUAAAUGCAAAUCACUUAUGUCUCUUAAUUUUAUUCUCAAAUAAGUCAAGUGUGUAGAGUUUCAGGAAAACAUAAUGAGUACGAUGACUCAAAAGUGGAUGGGUGUGGGGAGUAUGGCCAAAAACGUAAUAGCCCAUAAUAAUCAACUGACUUAUUUAAAUUUUGGCAACAAUUAUGUCAACGACUUUUUUGUUUGUUUGGUAAGUGUAAUAAAAGUGUGUGAAAACCUCAAA